AUGGCAAUCAAAGUCCAUGUUAUCCCCUUGUCAAUGACAACCAUGAGAGUUGUUUCUUGCCUUAUUGAGAAGGAUUUGGAUUUUGGGUUUGUCUUUGUUUAUAUCAAUAUGGCCAAAGAAGAAAACAAAAGACACCCUUUCCUUUCACAGCUCAAUCCUUUUGCUCAAGUACCAGCAUUUGAAGAUGGGGACUUGAAGCUCCUUGAAUAAAGGGAAAUCACUGAUUAGUAUAUCGCUCAUGUUUAUGUUGGCAACGACAUUCAACUAGUACUCCAAGAUCCAAAGAAAAUGGCCAUUAUGUCAGUAUGGAUUGAAGUAGAAGGCCAAAGAUUAGAAUCACCAGCUUCAAAACUAUCAUAG